CAUGGUGUCUUGGUGCUGUGGAGGGUGGACCUGCGAGGCAGAGUGCAGGGUCCUGCCCUGCUGAAGCAGGAGUAUGGAAAAGGUCUCUCUCGCUGUGUCUUUCGACCACCCCCUCCUGGCGAGGACUUCGCACAGCUGGCAAAAGCAGCUGUCAGUGGUGAUCAGAAGGCCUUGGAUAUGUUCAACUGGAAGAAAGUUGAAACGGGAGCACCUCUGAAAAUGAGACUCCAGGAAGGACCCUCCUUCUUUAUCACUUUGGCAGAUGGUUCUGUGCAUUAUGUGAAUGAGAAAGGAAAGACAAGGCAUAUAUUGUCGACAGACAGUCCGGUCCAAAAGCUUCUGUUCAUGGAGAAAAGAGAUGUUUUAGUUGUAAUAACAGAGAACCUGCAGUUGUCCUUGCAUGCAGUUACUCUUGAGGGAGAGGCAGAAGAGAGCAUGAAGGUGAAGCUGAGUGGGAAGAUAGGUCAUUCUGCAGACAUCAUUUUAAUAGACCACAGCCUUGUUGUAACAGCACUAGGCGAGACGGUCCUCAGGUUCUGGGAUUUGGACCGAGAUGAGAACUAUGUGCUCUGCCCAGAUGUGCAAUUUGGCUUUGAGAGAGGAGAAUGUAUUAACUGUGUUUCUUACUGCAGUGCUAAAGGUCUCUUAGCAGCUGGCACCAACAAAGGGAGGAUAGCUAUGUGGAGGAAAGCAGCAGGAUCCGACCAGAGCGUGAGGGCUUUGGAGGGCAAAGAGAAGUGGAAGCUCCAAGCACCUACAGAACUUGAAGGAAAUGUGACUCAGAUAAAGUGGGGCUCCCAAAAACACCUGCUGGCAGUGAACAACACCAUCUCCGUGGUGAUCCUCCGCGAGCAGGCCCUGUCAUCUCAUUUUCAUCAGCAAGUGGCCGUGGUACAGGUGUCUCCCAGCCUCUUUAAUGUGACCAUCUUCAGCACAGGAGCCACACACAGCCUUCGUGUUGACAUGAAUGUUAAUGGAGUUUUUGCUACAAAGGAAGCUGUAGUAUUCUGGAAUGGGAAGCAAGUUACUGUCUUUGAGUAUUCAGGAGAUACCUUCAGAAGUGCAGGCUCUUUUCUUUGUGACUCUUCAGUUCUGUCCAUGCAUGGAGAAAAUCUGUACACAGUGGAACCGUACCGGGUGCAGGUCCGCACCUGGCAGGGCACAGUUAAACAGCUGCUGGUGUUCUCUGAAGCAGAGGGGAAUCCAUGUCUCUUGGAUGUCUGUGGAAAUUUCCUGGCUGUGGGAACAGAUCUGGCUUACUUUAAAAUCUUUGAUCUCUCUCGCAGAGAGGCAAAAGUGCACUGCAAUAGCAAGAGUUUCACGGAGCUGUUUCCUGGCCUUGGGGGUAUUGCAUCUGUCAAAUGCAAUGCUAAUGGCAAUAAAGUCAGUGUCCUCGUUAGCAAGGCGGAUGGGAACAUUGAUUCCAAGAUCUGUUUCUAUGACGUUGAAAUGAACAAAGUUACACUCUUUGAUUUCAAGGCUGAACAGGGAAAUGGUAGAGAGAAACUUUCUUCUGGACAAGGCAUUGACAAGUCUCUUGUGGAGUACCCAGUGUUACACAAUCACAUCCCUGCUUGCCAUUUCUGGGACCAGAGUGAACCAACACUUUUUGUAUGUGAAGCAAUUCUUGAAACAGGCCUACAGUCUCCAGACCAGGAGAAAAACCAGACUGAAGGCACAAUGAAGGAUUGGAUUAUAUCAUUCUUCAGUACUGAAGAGCAUGGCCUUCUGCUUCAGGAGAGCUUCCCAUUGCCUUCGUCCUACCAGGUUCUUAUGGGCAUAGAAGUGCCACAUUAUUACUUUGCAAAAAAGCUGGGAGAAGCUGAGGAGGGACAAGGAGAGUCUGACUCAAUUAACGUCUCGCAGAUGGCUGUGAGGAGACCCAUGAGAGAUUUCGCUGGCUUAGGAGAGUGUGAUAAGACUACCCGGGAUGCCAUGCUGAACUUCAGCUUCUACCUGACUGCUGGAGACAUGGAUGAGGCCUUCAAAGCCAUCAAGCUUAUAAAAAGUUACAUGCACAUGACCUUUGUGAGCCCAUGUGCUUCUCAGGGUCAGGCUUAUAAACAGAAUACCUAA